AUGGGGCCGACAGAACUGGAUGUCUUCUUUCGACGCAUGUUCAGUCUUCGUGUGCCCAAAGUGAUCAUCCUCCUGACUCUGCUCGUGUCGUGGAUGCCUGAUCAGGGCGAUGUCAAGACUGAGAUCCAGGUGAUAGAAUACUUUGCAGGAGUUGGCCGCAUAGCUCGGAUGGCCCAUGCUGUUGGCCUACAGUCUACAGCUGUGGAUUUAGAGUAUGGGAAGGAGAAAGCAAGGGUUUCCGGAAGACGCAAUUCAAUGGAUUUGAACUCAAACGCGGGCCUUGUCCUUGCUAUCAAACUGAUCUUGAGGGCCAAGUUCAAUGACCUUGUAGCAGUGUUUGCUAUGUGCUGCUCUUCCUUCGUUCCAGUAAAUCGUGGAACUGGUUCCCGGGAUCUACUUGUUCCAGAGGGAGAUGAAAACGUGGUUUCUGUGAGACGAUCGAACAAGCUCCUUUCACGGACAGUGAUCUUGAUGGUCCUUGCUAUCUGCGCCGGAGGCACGAUUAUCAUGGAGAACCCGCAAAACUCAUUGGUAGCAAUGCAGGGCAGAUUUGCUUGGCUUGUGGAACUGCUUUCAGGGCAGAACAUUUCUAUGUACAAGAUUCAGUUUUGGAUGAGAAAGCAUUUGGCGCUGACAUGGAAGAGGACAUGGGUUUGGUCCUCUUCCCGGCGCAUCAGGGCUUUGGAUCUAGGACCAAUGACAGCCUCAGAGCGAAGCUGUUCGGUGCAAACUACAAAGCGCUACAAGAAAGAGGGGAAGCAAAAAUGGCACGGGACGAAAGCUCUCAAGCAAACACAGGAGUAUACUUAUCGAUAUGCUCGGAACAUCGUGCAGCUCUUCCCCGACAUGGUAGACAUGGACAAGAGCCUCUUAGACCUUUUCAUGGAGGCCAAUUAUGAUGAAUUUUGGGAUGAAUCGAGUGAUCUGAGGGAUGCGCUGCUUUACUGUAGAGGUAGUUCAAGAAUUUGUAUUCCUCAUGAGUGGCGGGCGGCCCUACCCACGCAUCUUUAA